CCGCGGUCAGUUGGUGGACACGCACUACGCCAGCCACACGGACGUCAGUCGAGUACUCGAGUGUAUAUUUUCCAAUUCUCAGAGGACGGGGUCGCGAACAACUCUCGCUGACAAUGAGUGGCGUGAUCAGUUCGUCGUCAGUCGUCAGUUGGUGCUCGUGAUAGGUGCGCGAAGACACGUGUGCUCGUUGUCGAGGAAUUUGGAUCGGAUCGUGGACUUUGAUCGAGUAACUGACAUAUCGCGUUAAUGUUCCAUCAGAGACUUAUAAUCCGCUUAUUCAUUACAUCACGUUGUAGAUAAUAGAUUAUACGUUGUACCUACGUAUCGUUGACGCAUCAUCAGUUCGACUUUUUUUUUUAUGCUGUCAUGCAGUUUUACUCCUCAGCGUCUUUCGUUUUCGGCGAUCCAAAUUCUGUUGCGAUUUCCACCACUUUAGCCGUUGAAAUACACGAAUAGGAAAAGGUGACAUUGGACAGUGGUAAUAACGCGAGUGAAGUUUGUAGAAAACAAUAGUUGUGUGCCAGCACAGUGUUUUUUUUUUUUUUUACUCCAUUGAAACGGUGUUACUGGCACAAGAUUUGGGAACGAAUAUUUGAGGAAAACAGAACUGCAGCAUGAUACUUAAAUGUGGCCUUAUACUUCUGAGCCUUCACACUCUGGUACCAAAAACCUUUGGGAAUGACACAGAGAAUCUCAAGGCAUUCAUAGAUUUAACUGAAUUCAGCUACGCAGAAAAGUGCGAGCAUGUAGCUAAUGAAAAAUGGAAGUUCAUUUAUAAUCCACAAAAUGAGACUCUUCUUUAUGCUUGGGAAGAGGCGCAAAAAGAUUAUGCCGCACUUAAGAAACAUGAGGUUGAAGCACUCCAGAACAAUUCACAUACUGAGUUGACUGAUGACUUUGUGGAGUAUCAAUAUAAUACACAGAUAAAACCAGGAGAUGCUUUGCUCGAUACUUCUAAAUUGGACCAGUUGAUAUCUUUUUCUGUGAAGGCAACUUUCCUCGAAAUGGGCGCCAAUCAAACAAGCAAUACUCGGGAAGAAAUUGAGCAAUUGCUAUCAAGUAAUGUAGACUUGGAACGCAAGCAAUCUGCAUGGACCCAAUGGCAUCGGCGCCUCUCACCGCUCCUGACCGAUUUCUCUUCCACACUGAGCUUUGUAUCUGAGGCAGCAACAGCCAAUGGUAUCGACAGUGUAGAAGGUUAUUGGGAAUUUCUGUCUGUAUAUCCCGGUGGAUAUGAAAGUAUACAAAGUAUGUGGGGAAGUAUUGCUGAAUUGCAUAAUAAAGUCGUAACAUUCGUGAAAAAUCGCCUGGCCGAAAAAUGCAAGGUCAAAUUGCAUGAUGAUGGGAUACCAGCAUAUUGUUUGGGAUCGUUGGAUGGCAAUGACUGGACUCCGCUGGCAUCCGACGUACUACCGUACGGAAAUGUUACAUACAGCAUAAAGAAGAAGCUUUGGGACAAGAAUCUUCGUGGCAAACUUGCAUACAGAUCUGCUUCUGCGAUCGGGCACACUGUACUACAUGAAGUGCCACAUGCUAGCUUCUGGGAAAACAGCAGAUUUAACCAGUCUUGUGUCACCCGGUUUCUCAAUUUUUGCUACAAAGGCACAAGAGUUACGACAUGUCACCACGCAUCCCUUACCAAUUUUCUUACUGCUCACAAAGUUGUGGCCAAGGUUUUGACUAGUCAAAUGGGCCUUGUAGGCAUUGAAAAGUUACCAUUCCUUAACUCAGCAAACAGGUAUUCAGGUUUCGAGGAAGGUAUUUCGGAAUUGUUUUCGAUACUAUCUGUGAGUCCUGCGCAGCUAAAAACCUUGGGCCUUGUCAGUAACGACACAGAUACCGAUCACUCUCAAAUCACUUCAUUGAUGAUCACUGCUCUAGAUGUUCUUCCACGCUUGGCAUACUAUAUUUCAGCAGACGUUUGGAGAAUAAAUGUGAUUAAGAAUGGAACUUUUGAACCAAAAGUUCUUCUUGAAACAUGGUGGCAGUACAGGAAACAAUAUGAAGGUGUGACAUCAGACCACACAGACAUUCCCACAUUCUUGGAUGACGAAUUCAUCGCCAGCAACAAACCUUAUCUAUCGAAAUUUCUUGGAACACUGCUGGGAUUCCAAAUUUAUGAAUACAUGAAUGAGGGGCGGUCAGAAGUCAGGUACAACAAUGUAGUAAACAAUCAUGUCAAUUCUUACAUCAUAAAUGCAACUCGAGAAAGUGCAUCGGACAAUUGGACAACAAUGAUCAACAAGUAUUUGGAAAUAACAGAGGUAAAUGCCGACGCCCUAUUAUCAUACUUCCAACCUCUGGUAGACUAUUUGGACAAUGAACCAGAAGAUAUGUAUUCCAUGACUACUGACCAACAAUCUGAUAUUGAACGUUUGGAAAAAUUAUAUGCAUCGAGCGAUGUCACUACUACAGCACGAACUACAACUACUAGAAUGUCAAAACCAAAACUUCUAAAGCCUUCAUCCGAAAAAAUAAAUUCAUCUUCUCUUUCACCUCCGGCUGCUACACCUAUUGUACCUGAAAAAGAAAAAGAAGGCACUGUAAAGAGACCAAACGGCAAAAUAAUUCCAGAAUCAGUAAAGCCAACAAAUGCUCCCAAUGGAGAAAAUGAAUACACCAGUGAUAUAAAUACCAGCAAAGCAGUUUGGGCAGUAGCAGCGGUACUUGUAGCCACUGUUGCAAUUUGUGUAAUCGCCAUAUUUGGGAGACGAAGAUGUGUUAAAAGUCAAACGCCAAAGAAUAGAAGAUACGUGUGAUUACAAGGUGUAUUUUGAUUACUUGUUAACGGUUGAAAACUGUAUUUAAGUAGUCUUAACGUACUGAGCAACUGUACAUACAUAUAUGUAUACGUAACUAUUUAACGAGCAUUGAUUACAACAUGACGCGAAACUAUAUUUAUACUAAACGUAAUUACCUAGUAUUAGAGUUACACAUUCCUGCGAACGUCAUGUUGUUAUUUGAUUUUUUUUUCGAAUGCAACACUAAAAUGCGUCAAUGUUCCGUUAUAAUUUGGUAUGGAAAAGACUUGUUCUCAAUUUUAUUUCAUUAGCUAGGGAACAACACAAAAUAACAAAAGUCGUGUAGGGCUUGUGACCUUUAAAAAAUUAUCUACGAGCUUCCACUGUGAUAUAUUAUAAUGUUCCAGUAGAACGUUGCCUUCCACCAUAAAUGAUAACGAAGAAUGAAUUUUAGAACAUAUUGUGAAUUGUCAUUACCAUCAUCACAAUCGACUAUUGAAAAACCCAUGGUCCAAGAUAAACUACCUGUGGUUAGUUUAUCGAGGUCGUCUCAUUUGUAAAUUCGCACUGCGAAACUAAAAACUUUUAGAGUAAAAAAACAUCACACCAUAGGCCUAAAUAAAGUGUAUUUAUCAUAGCUGACGGAUUGAAUUGUAUAUUACAAGUUUACCAUUACAACGUAAGAGCAUAUAUGAUUAAUAUAAUCCGGUUUCAUCAACUAUCACUUGUCACUUUUACGUCGAAUUAGUAUCCACUUCUAUCAACUAUGUAUACGUAAAACAACGAUGAUUCUCAACUUGACCAAUCAAAAACAUUUUUUUCUUGCUUACUUUUCUGAUCUAAUUUAUUUAAGCGUCCUAUCGAUGUAAAAAUGUAUAGUACUGAGGUCAUAUUUUAACGUUAAAACAGUGUCGAUCUCAAAUGCUAAGGUAAAGUAGACAAAAAAAAAAAACAGUCUUUUGAAACGUACAAUACGCUUUAUUUUCGCCAAAUAGCAAGUUGCAUAACGUAUGUACCUAGUUUAACAGUAUAUGUACAAAUGCGGUAUAGUAGAUUAUUACUUUUAUUCAAAAGCAUGGUGUACGGAAUACCUGACCUCUGAGUUUAAUCCCCCAUGCAUUUACAUGCUCAUUGGAAUGGUCUAGAUUACUAAUUGUUUAAGCGCUAUGGGUAUAUUUCCUUCCGUUCUUGUUUCGCGAUAAAUUCAAAGAUAGAAAGAGAUAGGUAGACAAGCAUAUAUGUAAAUCUUCUACUGUUUACUUUUCAUGGAAGAAAACGAAGGAUGAUGCGAUUAAAAGUAUUGCCUUUCAUCCUAUCCAAAUACAUUAAGUGUGUAAUCAUUUGUUGGUUGAGAAACAAAUACCUGUUGUAAGUGUGCAGGAAGUGUGACUUGUGACUGUUCGAUACGUGCUUAUAGAUAAUAUCGCAGCAGGGUGAUAUUUGCUAUACACAGUCCGGGGAAAGACAUUUUUCUAAACCCGUAAGCAUGCCUUGUUGACAGGAUCAGAGAAAUUGACUAAUUUCAUGAAUCCUAGAAUCUUGAGGAUUAUUUCCAGUGAUGAUGUAAUAUACAUAUGUAGUCUCCGAUCCAAUAUGUAUAUACAAACACUCGUCAUUUGAAAUUGGUUAGUUACUAAUUCGUAUACAGCAUUGAUAAAUGAAAGAAAGGUUCACACGCCCAAAGAGUUACAAAUAUAUUUUGUACGAAGUAUUUGCUAGAGUACUUUAGAGUGAUAAGAUAUCCGAUAUUUUAAUAUCACGGAGUAAUUAUUAGCUACACUAAAAUUCUCAUGUUAUGCACAUGCAAGUAUUUUGAAGGCUACUGAGUAGCAAUUAAAUGUUGAAACAUUUUAUAAAAUGGCAGAUUAUCUCAAUUUGAAGCCUGCACUUAGAUUGGUUAUGGUUCCGAAUGCUGAUUCUAAGACUAUCAGUUAUGAAUGCUCAGGUGAUAGUUGAAUAAUGAAGUAAAUUGUGGAAUUAGAUUUAGAUCGUAUUAAUAAUUGUACAGGUUGUAGAUAGAAUUUGUUGUUUAAAGUAUGUCGAAAGUGUAGCAUACAUUAAGGUAUAAAUCGUAUCUAAUCUCUUACAAGCAUCUUUGCUGUAAUAAUGAUACCAACAAGAUGCUGCGGUUCGAGAUACUAGUAUAAGGAUUUUGAAAUGAUGAAGAUUAACUGUAAUUCAUGAAAACAAUAAUCCACUUUCACAUAAUAUUUGCUUGUCCACUGCGCAAGUCGUAAGGCGAAAUUGUAAGUAAAUAUUUUAAAAUCGUAUCAAAUGCACAUGUUCUGUUAUUUUAUGUAAAUAAGAUUUGAUAGUACUUAUAAUUAUCAUCUGUAAA